UUCUGAACAGUUCAAUUGUACCCUGUGCCUUGAAGUUUGUACAUACACAGUAACUGCGUGUAUAAGAUAUUCAUUCAACAAGUGUAGACAGAUAGAACACGUAGAUGAAUAUGGUCCGUGUAUGGAAUGAAGGACGCACUGAAGAACACGAUAGUCUUUUUCACCACCGUCUCGUCACCUCUUAGUAACACUGUUGCAGUCUCUACUUUUCUCUUUUGAUCCGCUAAGCAACUAUUGUUAUUUCUCUUUCGAGUUUGCUUUGUUUGUGAAUGGCUACCGGAGAAGAAUCAUCGUCGUCUGGAUUGAGCUUGGAAGGGAUUAAUGAUGUCGAGGAUUUCAUUUGGAGGAAAUGUUGUAAUUGUCACUAAUUUUGGCAUACGACGAGUUCAAUAUGGCACGAGCCGGCAACGAUUUCGGUUUCGAUGUCAACUCCAUAAUCAAUAUGAAUUUUGAGUUUACUUUGUUGAUGUUAAUUGGGGAAUCAAGAAGAGUCGGCAUCCAUGUCAUUAGGGCGGUUUAGUCAUGUUUAUGAUCUCAUGGAUAUGGGCAACAAAGCAUUCAGAGAGAAUCGUUUUGAGGAGGCUGUCAAUUGUUACUCAAGAGCGCAUAAUAUUCAACCAGCUGAUCCUGUCAUUCUUAACAACCGAUGCGCUGCUUAUCUCAGGAUUAGUCAGUUCCUGAAAAACAGGCCACCUUCUACAUCUGAACAUAGACCAUUGAGCGGGCUUGAUCCUACAAUCCAUGCUGGCCUUGCAUUGAAGGAUGCUGAUCACCUUAUCAACUUGCGAAGCCAAUCUGUAACUCCAUACAUAUUGAAGGCAAAUGCACUCAUUUUAUUAGAGAGAUUCGAGCUAGCUCGUGAUGCAAUUCUUUCUGGUCUUCAGGUUGAUGCUUCAAGCAAUGCUCUAAGAAAUUUAGAAAGAAUAGCAACCAAUAUACUUGGGAGGAGACUCCAUGGGAGACCAGCACGUACAGAUGAUUUUGAUUGCACACUUUGCUUGAAAUUACUAUAUGAACCAAUUACAACUCCAUGUGGACACACUUUCUGUCGAUCUUGCCUCUUCCAAUCAAUGGACCGAGGUAACAAAUGUCCUUUGUGCAGAACAGUUUUGUUUAUUAGUCCUAGAACAUGUGCAAUAAGUGUGACACUGAAUAGCAUAAUAGAGAGGAACUUCCCACAGGAAUUUGCAGAAAGGAAGUUGGAGCAUGAGAGUUUGACAAACAUGGGUCCUGAUUUGAUGCCUCUUUUUGUCAUGGAUGUUGUGUUGCCUUGUCAGAAGUUACACCUAAACAUUUUUGAAGCUCGUUACAGACUUAUGGUGAGGAGGAUUAUGGAAGGAAACCGGCGAAUGGGAAUGGUUAUACUGGACCCCACAACCGGAUCUGUAGCUGAUUAUGCUUGUGAAGUGGAAAUCACAGAUUGUGAGCCUCUUCCUGAUGGGCGUUUUUUCCUGGAGGUUGAGAGUCGAAGAAGAUUUCACAUUCUUCGAAACUGGGAUCAAGAUGGGUACCGUGUUGCAGAAGUUGAGUGGGUGCAAGAUUUAUUUCCAGCUGAAGGAACAAGAGAGAAAUAUGAUUUGCAGCAAACAACAAAUAAAGUAGCAGCAUAUGCUCGAUCAUGGAUAAGAGUGGCUCAAGAGGCAGCCCGAAGAGACCAAGCAAGACUCACGGAACUGCAUAAAGCAGAGGGUUUGAUGCCUUCAACAAGUGAUCCUGAAUCCUUCAGUUUUUGGCUUGCUACCCUAACAAAUCAGAGACCACUAGAAAGGUUGUCUCUGCUUCGCAUUAGAGAUACAAAAGAGAGGUUAAGAAGAGGGUAUUUUUACAUGAAAGCAGCAGAAGAAGAACAACAAUGACGUGGAUUUGGAUUUGGAUGAACAUAAAGAGACAUAAUUACAUUCAUUUAAUUCAUAAAGUACAGUUUUUUUUUUUUUUUUUAAAUAUAUAGCCAGUUCAAUAUUCUUUAUUCCUCAUGAUAUAGAGGUUCCAAGGUGAACAAACAAUACACAGACAAACGGUAAAGAAAAAUGCACAAUCAUUUUUGUUUUUUUAUUCAUUUUUAAGUUUAUGUUGUAAAGAACAGGCUGAAUCCUAUAUUAUACGGUAGUAAACAUACAAUAUUUUUUUGGGUUA